AUGUCGGAAAUAUGGUACCAACAACCUGCGGAGGACUGGAAUUCAGCCCUGCCAGUCGGAAAUGGGCGCUUGGGCGCUAUGGUAUAUGGACGCACCGAUACCGAAAUGCUACAGCUGAAUGAGGAUUCAGUGUGGUAUGGAGGACCACAAGAUCGCAAUCCACAAGACGCGCUCGAGUAUCUGCCGCGUCUGAGAGAGGCUAUACGCGCGGAAAACCAUGCGGAAGCUGAGAAGAUUGCCAAGCUGGCGUUUUUCGCUAACCCAAUCAGCCAGCGGAACUAUGAGCCGCUCGGAAACCUAUUCUUGGAUUUGGGACAUGAUCCCAGUCAGGUUACAGGCUACCGACGCUCACUGGAUGUCACGAGUGCUACUGCGCAUGUCAGUUAUGAGUACCAGGGUGCUCACUUCGAACGUGAAGUCCUGGCCAGUUACCCGGAUGAUGUACUUGCGAUCCGAUUGCGGUCGUCGAGCAAGGCUGAGUUUGUCGUUCGUCUGACGCGCAUGAGUGACUUGGAAUUUGAAUCCCAUGAAUGGCUUGACGAUCUCAGUACUACCAGCAACUCCAUUACUAUGCAUGUCACCCCUGGUGGCAAGAAUAGUAAUCGAGCAUGCUGCAGUGUAUCAGUUCGCUGCGACAGCGCUGACAGCACAAUUACCAAGAUUGGAAAUAAUCUGGUGGUGAAUUCCAGUGAUACACUGCUGGUUAUCGCGGCGCAAACUACCUUCCGACACAAAGACAUUGAUCGGCAAACCAAGCAAGAUGCAGACAAUGCAUUGAGUCUCUCACUGGAGGAUCUGCGCGCUCGUCAUGUUGCGGACUACCAGUCUUUGUACAACCGAAUGGAAUUGCAACUUGGGCCGGACUCUGCUGAAAUCCCAACCGACGAACGUCUAAAGACUUCUCGAGAUCCGGGCCUCAUUGCACUAUACCACAACUACAAUCGUUAUCUCCUGAUAUCAUGUAGUCGGGAUGGACACAAAUCGCUUCCUGCAAACCUCCAGGGUAUCUGGAACCCAUCUUUCCAUCCGGCAUGGGGAUGCAGGUUCACCACCAAUGUCAAUCUUCAAAUGAACUACUGGUCUGCAAAUGUGUGUAACCUGUCAGAAUGUGAACUUCCUCUGUUUGAUCUACUGGAGCGCAUGGUUGAACCCGGACAAGCCACCGCUCGGAUCAUGUACGGAUGUCGAGGAUGGACAGCCCAUUCCAACACUGAUAUUUGGGCCGAUACAGCCCCCGUCGAUCGAUGGAUGCCGGCUAGUAUCUGGCCUCUUGGUGGUGCAUGGCUCUGCUACCACAUUUGGGAUCAUUUCCAAUAUACAUGCGAUGAAGCGUUCCUUCGUCGGAUGUUCCCCACCCUGCGCGGGUGCGUGGAGUUCCUCCUCGACUUCCUGAUCGAAGAUGCCAAUGGUGAAUAUCUUGUCACCAGCCCAUCUGCUUCUCCGGAAAACUCCUUCUACGAUCACAAGGGACAAAAGGGCGUAUUGUGCGAAGGAUCAACGAUCGAUAUCCAAAUCAUUGAUGCUAUCCUGGACGCCUUCCAAUCCUGUGCAAAGAGACUUGGUCUCGAGGAUUCCCUUCUUCCGGCAGUUCAAGCUACCAAGUCCCGUCUCCCACCAAUGCAGAUUUCCCCUGCUGGGUAUCUACAGGAAUGGGCCACCGACUACGCCGAAGUGGAACCCGGACACCGUCACACCUCCCAUCUGUGGGCCCUACAUCCCGGAAAUGCAAUCACUCCAGCACAAACCCCCCAACUGGCAGAAGCGUGCGGAGUAGUUCUACGUCGUCGCGCGGAACAUGGUGGUGGCCAUACUGGCUGGAGUCGUGCGUGGCUGCUCAACUUACACGCACGGUUACUCGAAGCCGAGGAAUGUAGCCAGCACAUAGACAUGCUUUUGUCUCGGUCUACUUACCCCAAUCUAUUGGACAGUCAUCCUCCAUUCCAGAUCGAUGGCAACUUUGGUGGGGGAGCGGGUAUUAUCGAAAUGUUGGUCCAAUCCCAUGAGCCUGGGGUAAUUCGUAUUCUUCCAGCAUGUCCGAAGGCCUGGACUGGAUCCAUCCGGGGAGUGCGGGCACGUGGUGGAUUCGAGUUGCAAUUUAAUUUCGAAAAUGGUGUUGUAGGUGGAUUGACUAUACUGUCGGAGCGUGGUGAGACGGUGGUUGUUCACUUCAAUGAGUCACAAGUAGAGAUUACCGGUGGUGGUGAACAUAAGGUCAACUAG